UCGGCCAUCUAAGCGCCGUCAAACCAUUCAGCGCUUGUCCAGAGUUUUGAUGGCUACACCUGCCACUGCCACUCACUCCCAUGAGCAUCCAGAAGCCGGAAAAAAGUCUAAGCUGGAAAAUGAGGCACUGGGUCAAGGCAUCUUGGACCUCAGUAUGCUGAAGACGCUUGCACAGCGAGCCCUGGUUGACGCUCUGAAUGCUGUGAAUGGUGCGAAAACACUCGUACUCGAUCCCUCGCUUGCUGGGCCCCUCAGCCUCGUCACGGAGGUGUCACUUCUCAAGCAUCAUGGAGUUGAUAAAAUGUUCUGGCUAGAGCCAGGGCCUCUCAAUGCCUCCACUGCAAAUGUCGUGUACCUGUGUCGCCCCGAAAUUAAAUGGAUGAAGAUGAUAGCAGAUCAAAUAAAGCAAUCAAACGCUUCUUCCACCUCUCACUCAUACAACAUUGUCCUUGUUCCUCGUCGAACUGUUCUCUGCGACCGUAUUCUCGAAGAGGAAGGCGUUCUCGGCGAAGUCAACAUUAGUUCGUACAAACUGGAAUUCAUCCCACUCGAGGAUGACUUGAUCAGCCUGGAGCUGGACCGUGUGUGGAGAGAGAUUUACUUGGAUGGCGACGAGUCGUCCAUUUUUUAUGCUUCACAGUCUCUGAUGACGAUACAGCAAGCGUACGGCCUAUUUCCUCGGAUAUUAGGGAAAGGCGAUGGUGCAAAGAAACUGGUUGAACUUCUUGUUCGCUCAAAGCCAGCGCCUUCGUCCCGCACACCUGCGACCUUGACGAAUGUGUCGGAGGCGAUAGAUUCACUCAUCAUUAUAGACAGAAAUGUCGACCUCAUAACUCCCCUGCUAACGCAGCUCACCUACGAGGGACUCAUUGACGAGUUCUUCAGCAUCCAAAAUUCGCACGUCAAAGUCGAUGCCGCUCUCCUUGCGGCACAACAACCUGCUACCGCGUCCCCAGGCCCUUCAACCGCUCCGUCACUGCCUGGCGCAUCUGCUCAGGCCAAGAAGAAGCAUCACUUGAAGUCUUCAGAUCUACUCUUCGCUCAACUGAGGGACUCAAAUUUCGCGAUUGUUGGUGGGAAGCUUAGCAAGGAAGCCAGGAAGCUUGACACAGAGUACAAGAACCGGCAUAAUGCACAGACCGUAACUCAACUGCGGGAAUUUGUUAACAAGCUCGGGGGUCUUCAAAGUGAACAUCAAGCCUUGAGACUUCAUACUGGGCUUUCAGAGGAGAUCGCUGCUCGAACCAAGCAUGAACACUUCAACAAGAGCUUGGAAAUACAGCAGAACCUUCUGCAACGCUACGAUACGUCGGCGCAAGUUUCAGCUAUCGAAGGCCUCGUGUCUGAGCAAGCACCCAUGCAUAUCGUCACGAGAUUGCUUUGCCUGGCGAAUUUGACUAUUGGAGGCAUCAAGGUGAAGAUACUGGAAAACCUGAAACGAGAAAUUCUUCAGACAUAUGGAUACAGCUACCUUCCUAUGUUCCUCUCUCUAACCGCCACAGGCUUAAUCUCCCCAAUUCCAGCCCCGAAAACUGCCCCAGCUCCGUUACUCUACAACAACAUAAGAAAGGCUCUCCGACUGCUUUCCGAUACAGAUGAAUCAUCUCCGACGGACAUAUCCUUCGUCUACUCUGGAUAUGCACCUCUCAGCGUUCGCCUGGUCCAAUGUGUCGCCCACAAGACUGGUGUGCUCUCUUCUCCCGACGGGAAUACUCCCGCCCGCGAAGGUGAAGGCGCAGCGACGGAAACUCCCGUAAUUCCUUUCGCGCAGCCCAUCAACGGCUGGAAAGGGUUUGAAGAUGCGGUUAAAUCUAUACCAGGAGCGACAGUUGAUAGAUUUCAACACGGCGCAACACCGAGUAACGAAGUAGAUACUCAGACUACUUCCUUCAGUUCCGUACCAGCCUCUGGGAGACAGACAACAACAAUGGUUUUCUUCCUAGGAGGCUGCACAUUCACGGAAAUUGCUGCUUUGCGAUGGCUCAAUACUCAGAUGAAAGGGAGAAGGAUUGUGAUUGGAACGACGGGCAUCAUUAAUGGAUCCAAACUAUUGGAAAGCCUCAUUGAUGGACCUCUGGGGAACUUCGCGCCAGCGACUUAGAGGGAGUUAUUUUACGGUAGUUACAGCGAUCAUCAGAUUCUUGUGCUCCAUUGGUGGAUGUUAUUGUUAUGAAACAGCGGUGAUGUGGGUUGUGAUAUAAAGCGUUAGUGCGGCGUCGACAAAUGCAAGUUUUAAGGCGGCCGGUCAUCAGAUCGACUCGAAUUUUGAGUUUGAAGCCACAGGUGGGUAUCGACAGUAUUUAUCGGAUAUAAAUGUUACUGUCCAUGUCCC